AUUGUGAACCAAAUAGAGGCUGAAUGCGCUCGUGUCGUGGCCUCUGAAACUUUCGCAAACGGUCACGAUCUCGUGAAGUACGACCCAAACAUCGAUGAAGGUUACAGUGAUUACAACGACUUCCCUCUCGGAUCGCCGAGGGGACGAGUUUGGAAACAAAUCGCUGUGAAUCUUGGAGUGGCCCUUAGUAGAUGCAUACCUAGCGUCACAUUUGGAAAUUUUGGAAUACUUGCUGUGGUGAUUGGAACCUUAGCUCCAAGAAUGAUCUCUUAUUUGGUUGUAUAUCCAUUUUGCAGAUUGGUAUUCGGAACCCUCUACCCGGCUUACGCUUCAUACAAAGCUGUACGGACGAAGAAUUUGAAAGAAUACGUAAAAUGGAUGAUGUACUGGAUAGUAUUCGCCCUAUUCACUUGUACAGAGACGUUCACCGAUGUAUUCCUGUCGUGGUUCCCGUUCUAUUACGAGGUGAAGAUUGUGUUGGUGCUGUGGCUACUGUCCCCCGCCACGAAGGGCUCUUCCAUAUUGUACAGAAAAUUUGUUCACCCAGCGCUAUGCAGGAGGGAACAGGAAAUAGAUGAAUAUAUAGCAAAAGCCAAAGAUCAGGGUUACCACACAGUGCUCAACUUGGGCACUAAGGGCGUCAACUACGCUACAACAGUUAUUAUGCAGACUGCGAUAAAGAACUUCAAUUUGCCGAGUCCCGAGCAAGAACGGAGUAGAAAAGCGAUCGUCAGUUCCGACUUCACUGACGGUUACCAACACACUUACGAGGAUUUAGAAUAUCAACGUACAGAUAAUGCUUUGCCUGGCAUCGUUGAAAUAGUGGAGCUAGAAGAUCCCAUUCAAGAAAUUCAAGGGGACGGUGACGCUAAUGAUCCCGAUUAUGAACCUAGUUCCGCACGCAGUAGAGGCAAUGUAGUGCGCAAACGUAAAGUUGCUAAAGAGAAGAGACCGCGAAGUAAAUCUAGGGGACGUAGAACACGAAGCCAGGCGGCCGCCGAAAGGGAUAUCAACGAACUGUCAGUAGAUUGACCAAAGCAAAUACAGUUGGAACGAAAUCCAACGCUAACUGUGAUUUCUAAAUAGCUUUUAGACAAUGCAUAGGUUAAUUUCAUCACAUUUCAAAAGUUUUCUUUUCAAAAUUUGAGUGGUCUUUGCUCGUCAUAAUAAUAGUUUUUGUUUUUUGGAAAGAAGGAAAGUCAAAUAAUUUCUUUCUUUUUUAGGUUUUUUUAAAGUUUUGUUACCUGUAUAACUUUAAAAUAUUAUUUCAUUUUCGUCCUGGAGACUAAAUAACGUUUAUUACAAAUGAAAUUUUAUUAUAUUUUUGUUCCUAUACAUGCACAAUCUCACUAAAGAUUCUUGUAUAUUUUUAUAUUGCAUGAUGUUAACAGUACAUUAGUUUUUAAAUGUGUCGCAUGUAACCAAACUAUUUUGUAUUACGAAGACGAUAGGUUUAGUAAUGUGUGACUGACUUAGUUUUAUAUCUUGAUUAUUUUUGAAUUAAAAAAGUUUUUAUA